AUGGGGUUUGCGCAUCGCUCUAGACAUCCUUGCUGUGAUGACUGUAGUGUGCUGGGCAUGGAUGGCAGCUGCCAGAACACCUACGCAAAUCUCACCAUAGUUUCCCAUGUAUUCAGUAACCUUGCUUUUCAAAAUACGGUGUAUGAUUUACGGUGGAAAUAAUUACCAACAACCAAAACGGCACUAUGGUGCAUCACUCGGGAUCCAUACAGUCCUUCAAGCAGCAAAACGGCAUGCACACAAGCAUCAGUGAGAUCUUGAAGGGGAAGACGCUGAAGCCGUCCCGUCGCAGCCUGCCCUGCCUGGCCCAGAGCCAGACACACCCACAGAGCCUCAACCGCUUUCUGUCCAUGCCCUGCACCCCCAACGACAAGCCCCAGACACACCCACGGUCUGAGCUCCAGGACCGGACACACGCCCAGGUCCAGACCCAGCAGGCCGACCCCUGGCUACAGCACCAGGGCCAGGACCACUCUCAGCUCCAGACCCAGACCCAGACCCAGCCUCUUACCCACAGUCACAGCACCCCCUGCACCCUCAUCUCCUCCAAGACAGAAGCUGUGAAGGUCCACUAUGGGGAGGAGUCGGAAGCUGUGAAAGUCCACUAUGGGGAGGAGUCAGAAGCUGUGAAGGUCCACUAUGGGGAGGAGUCAGAAGCUGUGAAGGUCCACUAUGGGGAGGAGUCAGAAGCUAGUGUGUACGAGGCAGGAAGGACAGAUGAGUCGUUUCUCAUUCAGAAAAAGGCAGUCCGAGCCAAAUUAGAGGCACGCGCAGAUUUCCUUCAGGGGACCAACCCCGGGAAGCCAUCUGGUCUGCUGUUCAGAGAUGGGAAGAAGCGUAUCGAUUACAUCCUGGUCUAUAAGAAGUCCAGUCCUCUGGUGGAGAAGAGAGUCACCUUCGAGAGGAACCUGAGAGCUGAGGGGGUGAUGCUGGAGAAGGAGCCGUCUCUGACCAACACCGACAUAAUGUUUGUGAAGAUCCACGCUCCCUGGGACACACUCUGUAAAUACGCUGAGCAGAUGAAUAUCAGGAUGCCGUUCAGGAAAAAAAUGUACUUUACGGAUUGCAAGAGUAAAGCUAUGGGCAGCCGGUUCCAUCGGAGGUGUCGUCAGAUAAAGAGUUGGUUACCCAGGAACCCCAUGAAGCUGGACAAAGAGGCGUUACCUGACCUGGAGGAGACAGACUGCUAUACAGCCCCCUUCAGCAGGGCACGCAUGCACCAUUUUACCAUCAACAACAGACAGACAUUCUUCUCGAACUCCACCAGAAGCAGAAUAGUCCACCAUGUUCUCCAACGCACCAAGUAUGAGGACGGGAAGUCUAAGAUGGGUAUCAACAGGUUAUUGGGCAAUGGAACAUAUGAGGCUGCAUUUCCGCCACACGAGGGUGGCUACAAGAGCCAACACCCUAUUAAGACCCACGGCGCCCAGAACCACAGACACCUGCUGUACGAGAGGUGGGCUCGCUGGGGCAUGUGGUUCAAGUACCAGCCUCUCGACCUUAUCAGGCGUUACUUUGGGGAGAAGAUUGGGCUGUACUUUGCCUGGCUGGGCUGGUACACUGGCAUGCUGAUCCCUGCAGCUCUGGUGGGUCUCCUCGUCUUCCUCUACGGACUCCUUACUAUGGACACUAGUCAAGUCAGUAAAGAGAUCUGUGAGGCCAACACUACGAUCAUGUGUCCUAUGUGUGAGCAGAACUGCAACCCCUGGAAACUCAGUGACAGCUGUGUCUAUGCAAAGGUGACUCAUCUCUUUGACAAUGGAGGAACUGUGUUCUUUGCUAUCUUCAUGGCUAUAUGGGCCACGGUGUUCCUGGAGUUCUGGAAGAGGAGGAGGGCGGAGCUGACAUAUGACUGGGACCUCAUCGACUGGGAGGAGGAAGAGGAGAAUCUGCGGCCCCAGUUCGAAGCCAAGUACUCCAGGGUAGAGAGAGUAAACCCAAUCUCUGGCAAGCCGGAGCCCUUCCAGCCCUUCACUGACAAAGUCAGCAGACUCAUGAUCUCUGUGUCCGGCAUCUUCUUCAUGAUCUCUCUGGUCCUGACAGCGGUGUUUGCGGUGGUGGUGUUCCGACUGAUCGUCAUGGAGAAGUUUGCAUCUCUCGACUGGGUGUUUGUCAAAAAGAACUGGCAGUUUGCCACCUCUGGCACCGGAGUCUGUAUCAACUUCAUGAUCAUCAUGUCUCUGAAUGUGGUAUAUGAAAAGGUGGCUUACCUGCUCACCAAUUUAGAACACCCACGGACUGAGUCAGAAUGGGAGAACAGUUUUGCUCUCAAGAUGUUUCUCUUCCAGUUUGUUAACUUGAACAGCUCUACGUUCUACGUCGCGUUCUUCCUUGGAAGGUUCGCCGGCAGACCAGGGAAAUAUAACAAACUGUUCAAUAGAUGGAGACUGGAGGAGUGCCACCCCAGUGGCUGUCUGAUCGAUCUGUGCCUUCAAAUGGGAGUCAUCAUGGUACUAAAACAGAUCUGGAACAACUUCAUGGAGUUGGGUUAUCCUCUGCUUCAGAACUGGUGGUCUCGCAGGAAAAUCAAGCGGACAGAGAGGAAGGAGAGGACAGGAGGGGGACAGAAUGUGGAGAACAAAGUACAGCUUCCUCAAUGGGACAAAGACUGGAACCUGCAGCCCAUGAACGCCCACGGACUGGUGGACGAGUACCUGGAGAUGGUUCUCCAGUUUGGUUUCACCACCAUCUUCGUAGCUGCGUUCCCAUUGGCUCCUCUCCUGGCUCUGCUCAACAACAUCAUCGAGAUCCGUCUGGAUGCCUACAAGUUUGUCACUCAGUGGAGAAGGCCCAUGCCUGCCAGAGCCACAGACAUUGGUAUCUGGCAUGGUAUCCUGGAGGGGAUCGGCGUGCUGGCUGUCAUCACCAACGCCUUCGUCAUCGCCAUCACCUCCGACUACAUCCCCCGCUUCGUCUACGCGUUCAGAUACGGACCCUGUGUGGACGAGGGAUACCGCCACGAGAAGUGUCUGCGAGGCUACAUGAACAGCAGCCUGUCGGUGUUUGACAUGGGCGAGCGCUGGAACGUGAGUGAGGAGCAGAGUAGAUACUGCAGGUACAGAGACUACAGAGCCUCUCCCUGGAGCCCAGUACCAUACGACUUCACUCUGCAGUUCUGGCACGUCCUGGCUGCAAGACUAGCCUUCAUCAUAGUCUUCGAGCACCUGGUGUUUGGCUUCAAGUCGUUCAUCGCGUACCUGAUCCCAGACAUGCCCAAGAGUCUGUGUGACCGCAUGCGGAGGGAGAAGUACCUGAUGCAGGAGAUGAUGUACGAAGCAGAGCUGGAGCACCUGCAGAAGGAGAGAAAGAAGAAUGGCAGGAGAUAUCACCACGAGUGGCCUUAGUGUUAGUCAUGUGAUGUUAUGUCCCUGUAAUACAUACAGAACCUCGUCUGCAGCAUACACACAUAUAUACACACAGUACACUGAAUAUAUAUAUAUAUAUGUACACACACACACACACACACAGGUAACAUAAGCAUUCCCAUUCUCCCCCUGCACACCAAAGAAGCCCUCUUCGGUUACCAGAAACCCUCCUACCAUCCUUCCCUGUCCCUGUCCCCAUCCUCUGUCCCCGUACCUGUCCCUGUCCCUAUCCUCUG